ACCUCCGGUGAAGCGAGACGAAAGGCUCAAGCGCGGCAUUGUGUACAUCCACGGAGGGGGCUGGGCCUUGGCAAGCGCAAGAACAAGUCUUUAUAACAAUCUCUGCAGAAUCAUGGCUGAAUCUCUCAACGCCGUCGUUGUCUCAGUUGAAUACAGGCUGGUACCAGAGGUGUGCUUCCCCGAGCAAUUCCACGAUGCUCUUCGUGCUACUAAGCAUUUUUUGCAGCCCGAUGUCCUAGCUGAGUAUUCCAUUGACCCGAGUCGAAUCGCAAUUUCUGGCGACAGCGCAGGAGGGAAUUUGGCGGCUGCUGUGUGUCAGCAGCUUAGCAAAGAUGAGCAUUUGACCAUCAAACCCAAACUGCAGGCCUUAAUUUAUCCAGUCCUUCAGGCAUUUGACUUCAAUACACCUUCCUAUCAGCAGAACAUGAAUAUGCCCGUUCUUCCUCGUUACGUCAUGAUCAACUAUUGGAUAGAUUAUUUCAAUGGCAAUUACGACUUGGCUCACUCGCUGCUAAUUAACAACCACACUGCUCUUGACGUCAGCCAAGCUCUCUCUUUCAGAGGCCGUCUGAACUGGACAUCUCUACUGCCUUCAUCGUUCAAAAAGAACUACAAGCCUGUAAUACAAACCACAGGCAAGGCCGAAAUCAUCCAGGAGAUACCGGCGCUGCUUGAUGUACGAGCAGUUCCGCUCCUUGCGGAAAAUGAAACUCUGCAGCUGCAGCCAAAGACUUACAUCCUGACCUGCGAGAACGACGUCCUGCGAGACGACGGGGUGAUGUACGCCAAGCGCUUGGAGAACGCCGGCGUGGAAGUCACGCUCGAUCACUUCGACGACUGCUUUCACGGCUGUAUGAUAUUCACCGUUUGGCCUACGGAUUUCUCUGCGGGCGUUCAGACCAGGAACAGCUACAUCAAAUGGCUGGAUGAAAACCUCUGAAGGGGGAGUCUCUCUAGAAGACACGGGGUGCGCAACUCUGGUGUCCGUUCUUGCUGGAGAGCAAACAACGCAGAAGUGCACUUUUCCAAAUUCAGACUUCACCCCUUCAGCUGCAGUGCUGGGGGUUACACACCACUAACUACAGCGUUCACUGGCUCCACUGGCCUUGCCCAGCAAAGAAUUUUGAGAAAUACUUUUUCAAACUUUGAUUUCUUCCCCCCCCCCCCUCCUUUUUUUUUUUUUUCAGUUGACAGUUACCAAAUGCAAACAAACGUUGAGCAGGGCGAUCAGCAUUCCUGUAGCAUCCUUAACCAGCCGCAACUUUCGAGCUUUGACUCUCAACUAGGUCCAAUGGCCACAGUUUUCAAAUGAUGUGAAGUAAAGCCAAACACCUACAUCUACAUCUGAAUAGGUAAAAAUGGGAGCUGGUUUUCAACAGUGCUGAGCCCUUGAUGUCAAAGAAAGUGUGAGAGCUCUCACCUUUGACAGCAGAGCCAUGCAUUUGAAUGUCAAGCCUGGAUUUAGGUGUUGGCUUUUAGUCUCAUAGACAAAUGGCUCAUUUAAAUUUAAAAAAAAAAAGCUCUUCUAGGCAGUUAAGAUGAUGCUAGACAAGUCUCCCAGCCAAACAUGCAAUUCAGCUUUGGAAUUUGGUCCUUAUUGCCUUCUAGUUAUUUAUAUUUUAUAAAAGCACAGGACUAAAUAUAUUUUCAAUAAAAAGCAUUACAGCAUACAUACGAAUAUAUAGGAUCAAAUACUAUGUGUAGCAGCAGAAUCCCAGUUGUUUAUGUGGGAGUGAGCUUCAAAGCUGACUGCUUAUUUGGCUGAAGAAUGUGACUUGGUGUUGAAAGCCUCAGCUUCCUAACCUUACAGAAAAUACUGAGCAUACUAAAAAAAAUAUCUACUGUGUGGUUUGCACUAAUGUUUAUAAUAAUAGUUGGGUUUGUUCAUUGACUUUUCUUUUGUGCUCGUAGUGUUUGUGAUUAUUUCACGCUUCCUGGAAAGAGGGAAGCAAGUAAAUAGAAGUGGGCUCUAGCCUAUGCGGAAGAUUUAAACCUGAGCUUUGCAGCUAAACUUUAUCUUGCAGGCUGACCUAGAGCGCUAGGUAAGGGGAUCUUGCAAAUCUCUACGGCCUGAGUCAGUCUCUAAAAUUCAGACAGGCAGGACAGGGAAGUGAAACCUCUUGCGCCGGCGCCUGUUGCCCAGCUUACUGCUUGCAGAAAGGAAGGUUGUGCAAAAGCCCGGUUUCUAGGCAAAGAGGAGAGAAUGGCUGCCCCGUGACUAAACCGGUGGAUUAAAUUCAUCCUCUGCUUUACCACAGACUUCCCGCGGGACGCUGGGAGAACAACUUCAUCUCCUUAUGCCUCCCUUUCUUCUGCUGCAAGGAGGGAGCAGCGAUUCCCUACCCCACAAAGGAGCUGCGAAGCUGGAGCCACAGGCGCUGGCGAAGCACGCGGCUGUGGCUGGCGGGCACCAAACACCUCCCGUAGGUUUUGGUUUUCCAUCCAUCUCUAAUAGCUGGCCCCGAGCAGCCCUGCCCCAUGAUGGGUGAUGCGGGGAGACUGCGGGUCCUCCCGGCAGUCAGCUCGUCUCCAUCCCGGCUCCGGUGACACUACCGUAAGGUGAAGGCUUCCUGGCUGUUGGGAGAGCACGGGAGAGGUAAUUUCAUGAGGGCAUUUCUUACGGCAGGAUUCUGAAAAGUUCUUUAAGGAAAAAAAAAAAAAA